AAAGAGUAGCUAGCACUGUCCCCAGCAACUGAUUCUUCUCACCAUAUACGAUCACAAUGUCUAAAGUCCUUAAAGAUGGCACCGUCCUCAUGUUCGACGACACCACUAAAUCAAUCCGCGUCCUCCCAAAAGCCUCAGUGCUAAUCGAAAAUGGCCGCAUCACAGCCAUCUCAGAGAACCCCGACUUCCAAAUUCCAGAAAAUGCAGAAGUAUUAAACGUCUACGGCAAGAUCAUCUCCCCGGGUUUUAUCAACACACACAUCCACACCUGGCAAACGGUAUACCGCACUAUCGGACCCAAUGUCUUCUUAUCGCAGUACUUCGAAUGGCUGGGUCAUAUGUCCGGUGCGACUGCGGCGUUCACACCGGAUGAUGUGUAUAUCAGUUCGUUAGCGGGGUAUCUUGAGGGACUACAUGGCGGUGUUACGUCGUACGUUGAGCAUGCGCAUAAUAAUUGGAAAGAGACGGUCGUUGAGCCAGGGUUCGAUGCGGCGAUGGAUAGUGGUGCAAGGGUAUGGUGGUGUUAUGAUGUUGCUGAUCGGAAGGGGUUUGCGAUGAAGGAGCAGUGGGAGGCUUUGGGGAAACUUGGUGGUAAAGUGACUGAGGGGUCGCUGGUGCAGAUGGGUCUUUCGGUUGAUGGGUUGUCGGGGUUGUUUGGCAAUGAUCCGGGUGGUCACUUGGGUUAUGUGCCAGAUAUGAUUAGAAAGCUAAACAUCCAAGCCAUCACUAUGCAUCACUUGGGAGGUCCCUGGCCUGCCCGUAAAACCGCACCCUCGGACAUCGACCUCAGCACUUUCCAGACCACCAACAUUCCCAUAAUCUACUCCCACGCCCCCUUCCUCACAGACUCAGACCAGACAGCUCUCCGCGAAAAAGACCACUUUGUAUCCAUUACCCCGGAAUCCGAAUUCCAUUUCGGCCACGGCCAAACCACCGGCCACCUAAUCACCGACCAAGCAUCCCUAGGCCUCGAUACAAACUGGACAUUCUCCGGGGACAUGCUCUCGCAAACCCGUCUCUGGCUGCAAAACGUUCGAUUAACUAAAUCCCAUCGCACUUUGGAAGCAGGGAGACUGCCAAGGACGAAUCCCUUCCCCGUGGAGGAAGCGUUCCUCAUGGCAACUCGACAAGGCGGUCGCGCCCUGCGCCGCGAUGAUAUCGGUGUAAUAAAGGUUGGUGCUAAAGCUGACUUGGUGGUGUUUAACGGCGACUCGCCGAAUAUGCUGGGAUGGAGUGAUCCCAUCGCGGCUGUGGUGUUGCAUGCGAACCCGGGGGAUGUUGAGCAUGUGCUUGUUGAUGGAGAGUUCCGGAAACGAAACUUUAAGUUGGUGGAUAGGGUGAUAGCUUGGGAAAAGAUGCGAGAAAGGUUUUUGGAGGCUUCUAGACGCAUUCAAAAGCAGAUAAAGGAGCCGCCUCCUAUGCCAGAGAGGUUGUGGGGAGUGGGCGAGUUUGGAGAUGUGGAGAUGGCGAGUACUAAAUGUUAUGGAUGUGGUCCGCGCGGUACGCAGUAAUCUAGAAAUGUUUGAAUCUCCGGGUAUAAGGUGUAACUCCCCGAUCUAUUAAUCAAAGUAGACAUUAUUUUAAAAGAGACAUACUUGACAUCGCCUGACAUCUCAAUAUUGCACAAA